GUUAUAAAUACAGAAGUUAAACUCAAAAACCUGAAACAAAAAUUCAAAUUUUGUUCGGUGCGAUCAGUGUGAUUAUUACAUUAGUUGUCUACGAAUAUCAGUGCUGAAAAAUGAUCAAACAUUUGGUUUGGUUUUCUUUGUUCUCAUGUGUGUUGGGCGGUCGUUUAACCGAACUUUACCGUUGGAAGCAAAUGAAAUAUGUGCAUUUGGAUGACUAUGACAAUGACGGUAUCAUUUUCCCUGACGAGCAUUACCAGUCAUCCGAACAUUCUCGUCAACAAGAGUACAUUCCGUACAACAAUGUUCCCAUGUCUGUAGCUCAUUUCAAAGAUAAGCUGAUUGUUACGGUGGCGAGACGAAAACCGGGCAUUCCAUCGACAUUGAACUAUGUGUCUACGAAACUACCGAAAGGCAGCAGUCCCACCUUGAGACCCUAUCCAGAUUUGCGAACGAAUGAACUUCAUCCCAAGCUCCAUUCGGAUAGUAGUCGCAUUGUUUCGGUGUACCGUCCACGUGUCGAUGAUUGCGGCCGUUUGUGGUUCGUUGAUACGGGAACCUUGCAAUAUAGCCUGCCAAAUAAUCCACGCAGUUCGGUUAACGUAAUCCAAAGGCCAUCGAUUUGGGUGAUUGACAUGAACACGGACAAAGUUGUUCGACGCUACGAAAUACCCGAAAGUCUCCUAAAACCUGGGCACGGUUUAGUAAGCAUAACACCCGAUGUGGCUGCGAACAAGUGUGACGAUGCUUACGCUUACAUUGCCGACUUAUUGACGUUCCGAUUGCACGUCUACAGUCUGCGAAAAAACAAGAUGUGGAGUUUCGAGCAUGAUUCAUUCAAGUUCGAGCAAGUGUAUGCCGAUUUCGAUGUUGACGGUUUUCAAUACACUUGGCGCGAUGGGAUAUUUUCGAUUGCGCUUGGAAAUCGCGAAGCUGAUGGAUAUCGAUCGGCCUAUUACCAUCCGAUGGCCAGUUUAUCGGAAUACCAAGUUAGCACAAGAGUUCUACAAAAUGAGGAAGCUGUAACAGGGAUUAAAAGUCGAAACGAUUUUAUGAAAAUCGGCGUACGUGGAGCAAAAUCCCAAUGUACAAUGCAUAGUAUGGAUCGUCACACCGGUGUCGUAAUGUUUGCCCAAGUAGCUCGGAAUGGAGUCAGCUGUUGGAAUUCUCAUAAUCCACUCAAUGUGAACCAAAUUGCCAUGAUCGACAGUGAUGACAUGCGAAUGAUUUAUCCAGUUGAUCUGAGCAUCGACAGAGACGGAAUCAUGUGGAUGGUGACAAAUACAAUGCAACGGUUUAUCUAUGGAAAGCUUGACACGAACGCAUACAAUUUUCGGAUUUGGAAGGGAAAUGUUUCGGAAGUGAUCAAGGGAACUGUGUGCGAUGUACGUCACUAUUAAGGAGACAAGAAUUUUUGAUGUCUUUUUUUACUGCCGUUUCAAUAAAAAUCUGGCUUUGACCUCGUCUCGCUACGAGACUGUGUGUAGAG